GUCACUUGUGAAAAUGUAAACAUUGAAAUUAAGGUUUUAAUUAUUUAAUAAAUUUGCAAAGACGAAUUAAAUUAAGUUAAAGAGAGUGAAUGAAGUUUUUUCGUUGUGUUUUAUACAGAACUAUGGCUCCAAAAUCAACAAAAGCUGGAAAGAAAGAGCUAACAACUGAAACACCAAAAAUUUCACAAGCAAUCAAAAUCGACAAAAACGGCGAUAUUUCAAUAAAAGUUCUAGCUAAACCAGGAAGUAAAGAAAAUGGAAUAACAGGUAUAACCGAGGAAGGAGUAGAAAUCAAAAUUGCAGCACCUCCUAUUGAUGGAGAAGCAAACACGGAACUAAUCUCAUAUUUAUCAAAACUUUUCAAUGUAAGAAAAUCAGAUUUAAGUUUAGAUCGUGGAAGUAGAAGCAGAACGAAAACUGUAACAAUGUCGAAAGAUUCUGGAUUAACAAUUGAUAAAAUAAAUGAUUUGAUUAAGUUGAAUGUUUAAUGAAAUCAAAAUUAAAAAAUAUUUUCAACAAAUUCCAAGCCAAUUCUUCCUUUAGCCGCGUCAAUUUGCAAAACUUUACAUUCAAUUCUAUCAGAUACUUUAAGUUUCGCACCUUUCAUAGCACUAGAAUGAAUUAAACCAUUUUUUCCAACACCCAAAUCAACAAAAGCUCCAAA